GUCCACGUCCGCAUGCAGGGACAGGAAGCUCUCUUUUCUGAGGAUAUGCCCUUAAAAGAAGUCAUUGUUCAUCUCAAGAAACAGUUGUCGGCUGAAACCUUAACAGGAGAGCAUAUGGAGACACGCUUCCAGGCUGCCCAAAAUGCUCCUGUGGAAACAGAACAAGGAAAUGACUAUAAAGAAGAUGGUGGCACCAAUUCCUGGGAAAUGACUCAAGUAGAUGACAGUAGUACCGAUCCAGGAAAAGAAAUGGUUUCUCUGCUCAUUAUCCCAGAAGAGAAUAGUCCUAGGCCUGAAGAGGGAGGUGUUUCUUGGGAGAAUACGCACAACUCCAGAAGAUCAAGGCUAGGCACGUGUGGGUUGCAGGAAGAGUCCCAGGAGGGACCUUCUUACCAAGAAGUCUCUAUGGAUGUGGGACCAGGAUCUUCCUCUGGCUCAGACCAGUCCUCCCCUGAGCCUCCUGUCACUACCUACCAAAGCAAUGAAGGAAACUCCACCUGCGAGGGACCCGAAGAAAGACUCCGUGGAGGCCCCAAAUCAUACAAAUGUGAGGAAUGCCCAAAGACCUUUAGGUAUUUCUCCCAUUUAUUAGCCCACCAAAGAAGACACAGGAAUGAGAGGCCAUUUGUUUGUGCGGAGUGUAACAAAGGGUUCUUCCAGACCUCAGAUCUACGUGUGCAUCAGAUGAUUCAUAAGCAAGAGAAGCCUUUCGCAUGUAGCCAAUGUGGAAAGUCUUUUACACACAAAACAAACCUGCGGGCUCAUGAGAGAAUUCACACAGGAGAGAAGCCCUACAAAUGCACCAUUUGCCACAGAAGAUUCCGCCAGUCAUCCACAUACUACCGUCACCAGAAGAGUCAUGAGAGACUUGGAUCCCAAAAGGUUCACUCCACAUCGGAACCUUCCUCCUCAGCCAGUGGGACGAUGUAA